AUGAGAGGACCAAGUGGACCUUCCAUUCAAAAGAGGCAAACUGAAAGUAAUAAAGAUGGAGUUAGACCAUCAGGAAAUUUUCUGGAAGUCGCUAAAUCUGACUCGGUGGAUUCGCCUGUUCCGGUGCGAACUUUUGAAGGUAGCGAGGCUUCAGAGAUGAACUGGCCUGUCGGACCGUCAGGAAAUCCGGCAAUUGCUAGACCAAGUUUUGCUGGUCUGCUUGUGCGGAUUCGACGUUCUGAAAUAAGAGGGCCUUCCGGACAGUCUGAAAUAAGAGGGUCUUCCGGACAGUCUGAAAUAAGAGGGCCUUCUGGACAGUCUGGAAUAAGAGGACCUUCUGGACAGUCUGAAAUAAGAGGGCCUUCUGGACAGUAUGAAAUAAGAGGGCCUUCUGGGCAGUCUGAAAUAAGAGGGCCUUCUGGACAGUCUGAAAUAAGAGGACCUUCUGGAUCACCAGCGGGGAGAGGUGAACAAGGAUAUGAAAACGAAAGAGGGCCAGCCGGACCAUCAGGGAAUCCCUUUGGUCCUGAACAUCCGUCGUAG